CAGCAGGCCAGGAGAGAGACGUAGACAUGCUGAAGGAGCUCCAGCUCUUCCUGUUGGGCAUCCUGCUGCUUGUCUGUGUCUUCUUCUACCAGCUCAACGUCAAGUCCAGCUGCCUCUUCUCCUGCCUUCCUCCCCAGAAGUCCCAGCAGGACCCCGGAGCCCUCCUGGGCCAUGGGCGUGGCAUCGUGUUCAUAGAGACCUCGGAGAGAAUGGAGCCAACUCCACUGGUCUCUUGUGCUGUGGAGUCUGCUGCCAAGAUUUACCCUGGGCAGCCUGUGGCGUUCUUCAUGAAGGGUCUCUACGACACCACAUGGCUACCCUCAAACUCCACUUAUCCAGGCUUUUCCCUCCUCUCAGCAAUAGACAAUGUUUUCUUCUUCCCUUUGGAUAUGGAAAGUCUGUUUGAAGACACACCAUUGCUUUCAUGGUACACUCGCAUCAAUGCCAGUGUGGAGAGCAACUGGCUCCACGUCAGUUCUGAUGCGUCCCGCCUGGCCAUCAUCUGGAAGUAUGGCGGCAUCUACAUGGACACCGAUGUCAUCUCCAUCAGACCCAUCCCUGAGGAGAACUUUCUGGCUGCACAGUCUUCUCGGUACUCUAGUAACGGGGUGUUUGGCUUCCUCCCCCACCACCCCUUCCUGUGGGAGUGCAUGGAAAACUUUGUUGAACACUACAAUUCAGAAAUCUGGGGCAACCAGGGUCCCAGUUUGAUGACGAGGAUGUUGAGGCUGUGGUGCAGACUUGGAGACUUCCAGGAGGUGAGUGACCUCAGGUGUUUGAACUUGUCCUUUCUACACCCCCAAAGAUUUUACCCCAUAUCCUAUCCGGAAUGGAGGCGCUACUAUGAAGUCUGGGACAGAGACCUGAGCUUCAAUGACUCAUACGCCCUGCAUCUGUGGAACUACAUGAACAAGGAAGGGAGGACUGUGGUCAGAGGAAGCAACACACUGGUGGAGAACCUCUGCCGUAAGCACUGUCCCAGGACUUACAGGGACCUGAUUCAAGGCCCAGAGGGCUCAGGGACUGGGACGCUGAGUACAGGUAACAAAUAGAGGCAGCAUUGGGCUGUUGCUGCUGUGUCAUAGGACUGAACACUUCCUGGAGUGGCAGUUUUUGGUUCAUGCCCACA